AUGAAGACUUCCAUCAAGGAUUGGAAGCGCUUGGGUCUCAAGGUCACCGUCUGUGGGCCGGAUGGCCGCGCACUUCCCGAGUACGAUCACUCCGACUCGGACCCCGAGAAUCACUACUACGUCAAGUACAUCGAGGUCGUGCCCGGCGAGUCGUUCAGCGUCAAUAUCCGCCGCUCGUUCUGGUUCUGGACUCGGCAGGAAGCCCUAUACGAGGCGCUGGAUGGGUGUUGGGUUCGUGGACUAGCUUGUCUUCGUUGGCGGCGGAGCAGCGUUCUCGACGGCUACCACAUGGACACUGGGAAGGACAUUUUAUGGAACCAGCAGUUCUUUGGCGAGAUGGAGGGCACGAAGGGCGGGCUUCCCCCCGACAGCAGCAUUUGGGGGAAGCUCGGCACUAUCGAGGUCCAGAUGCAGGUUGGAACUUUCAAGCUUCGACGUGAAAAGGGACUCAGUGUUGCCAGCCAGACACCCGCGUUCAAGGGCAGCACCAAGCAUGGUCUCUACACCUACAUCGAUGGCAAGACCAACUAUAGCUACCAGCUCCCCCGCAAGAUGUAUGGCCAUACUCCCAAGGCCAAGGCGCCUGUCCUCACUUUCCGCUUUGUCUACCGCACCACGGAGGCUCUCCAGGAGCUCGGCAUCAUCGCCGGCGGGUGCAACCCCAAGACGACCUCCGAGAAGUUUGACACUGAGAGCAUUGCGAGCGCGAGCACCGUUACCGUCCAGACCAACGCCCCGCUCAUCAAGACAAUCAGCAAUACCAGCUCUACUACAAGCUCGAGUACACUCCAUGAGUAG